AUCUUCACAAACCCUUUCAUCUCUGCUCCCCAUAUUCCAUUAUUUUUCAUUUUGUCUCCCAAAGUUGAACGCAAAGAUCCCAAUGGCCGCCGUCGCCUCCGCCUCUGCCGCCGCCGUCCGCUCUUCUCUGGUUCAGAACCGCCCACUCCCGGCGGCUUCACCCACCACCUUCCUUCUUGUAGGGUUGCCUGCAUUGGGUAAGAGAGGAGGAGUAAGGUGUUGUGUGGACGGAAAGGCUAAUGGAGAAGUGGAAAACAAGUCGUGCAACUUGGGGAUGGGCGCGUCGUUGAUAGCUGCUGUGGCGUGUGCUGCGGCCAUGUCGAGCCCAGCCAUGGCUUUGGUGGAUGAGAGACUGAGCACGGAAGGAACUGGUCUUCCAUUUGGUUUGAGCAACAAUCUUCUCGGUUGGAUUUUGUUGGGAGUUUUUGGUUUCAUUUGGACAUUCUAUAUCGUUUACACUUCUACUCUCGAAGAGGACGAAGAAUCAGGCUUAUCUCUGUAAACCAAACUUGUCAUCUUAUUAUUAUGAUCGUUGCGGCUAAUCUUAGCAGCUCCUUUUGUUCAAAUAUCAAUGAA